AGAACGAAAGAGACAAUGCAUCUGAAACCAGAUAUUCUUUUUUGAUAUAAAAUCGAGACCGAUCGGUCAUCCGUUCAUCAUAGUGUCUUGCAGUAGUAGUGAACCGUAGUAAGCAACGACGACGAUGAAGCAAAGUGUGAAGCUGAUCUUGUUGGCAGUCCUAUUCUGCGCGUAUUGUACCAAGGCGCAGGAUGAGGAGGCCGUCGAUCCAGGGAGUGAUGAGAUCUUCGGAAAUGGAACCACCCCGGCAGAUAAUCAUAGAGCAGGUCGUAUGAUCGGAGGAUCCGUAGUUUCAAUUACAGCCUAUCCGUUCGUGGUAACGGUGAUCGCAACUAGCAGCUCUGGUACACAGUUCUAUUUCGCCGGUGCUGUAAUAAGCAGCACCCGCGUCAUCACUGAUGCCUUUCUUUAUUAUUAUGCUAAAGCUGGCUACAAUUUUACUAUCCGCGCAGGGAGUGAUUAUCAAACUAAGGAGGGAACAGUUUUUCAAACACUAAGCUUUGUACCCCACAGCCAGUUCAACUCUUCGAACUAUGCGAACUAUGUUGCUAUUAUAACCAUUAAUGGCACCUUCGAUGGGGUUCCGAAUGUGCAACCCAUUGCCGUAGCUACCACUCCGCUUGAUCCAUCGGCACCGAAUCUCGCCAACUGCUUUCUACUUGGAUGGGGCAUGACCCAAUCUUUUGUACAAGCGGUUAAUCUGAAACAAGCCGAAUACAAACUCAUUACAGAUGCGGCAUGUGCGUCGACAUACUCUAACCUAGUUGAUUCCACACUAUGCGCUCAAUCGAUCACAGGCUUCGGUUGCUCCUAUGACGGUGGCAGUCCUUUGGUGUGCAACAACCAAUUGUAUGCAACGUUUGUGUUCGAUUCAUGCUCUUACAAGAACACACAAGCCGUUAAUAAGUUUGUAAAGCUACCAGCGGCUAGCGUCCAAUCAUUCCUGUCACCAAACCAGGCGGUAGUCAGCAGCCCAGCUACGCAGCCCAGGAAAAAUUACGUAUCGUGUCCCUGAAAAAUGUGCUAAAGAAAAAAGGAUGCCCAAGUCUCCUAACACACAGUGAGGGCACCUUGUAGCUACAUUCAAUAGCACAUGGUGAUCACCUGAUGGAGGUUGAACAGCUGA